AAAAAAAAAAAGAGAGAGAGAGAGAAAAAAUAGAAGAAAGAACAAAGCAAAUUCAAAAUGGUUGAUGGGAAGAUAUAGAGGUCUUAGUGUGAAGUCAGUAAAACAACACGCUAAAAAAACAAACACGCUGACAAAGUAGGAAACAAGUGGAAGAGAAAAUCAGUGUUGGUUUAGCGCGACAACCAUGAGCAGCAAGUUUCUUUGUGCUCUUCUCAUACUUGCCUUCCUGGAAUCAGGCAAAUCACACAGUGAUGUUUCCAUCAGUCACAGUCGUGCAGGAGAUGGUCAGAACAUUACCUGUGUCCUCUCAGGGGAUGAGAAUAUGACACAAAUCAACUGGGAGAUGCUUAAAGGCCCGAAUCGCACUAAACUGGGCACGUAUCAUCCAACUUUUGGAACUUACAUAAAUGGUGAAUAUAAGACUACAGUGAAGAUACAGAAAAAAACAUCUCCACGUAAAUCAUCAUCCCUUAUCAUUAAAGUAGCAUCAAAUGAGAGUGUUGUGCACAUCUGUUGUGCGUUCAUAACAUUUCCUUCUGGUAAACUGGAACAGUGUACUGAUAUCAGUAAGAAAGAUGUCAGUAUCAACGUGUCAAUGACAAAAGAUUUUACUUACAUGGAGCAGAAAUCAAAGCUGGGAAUAUUAGGACGUUUGGGUGCAAUUAUCAUUGGAACGAUUCUUUCCCUUUUCUUCCUGACCAUCCUAUUCUACUCAUGCAGAAAUAACAACUGCAGAAGGAUGAAGUCUUUUGAAAUACGAACCAACCGGACAGACUCACCGUCUGAGACACAUGCAGAAGAAUCAGAUGAUGCACCAACUUCUCAAAGUUUUCCAAAUGGCUUUGACCCCUCAAAACUUUAUGCCAAGAUCAAAAAAGACAUUUUCUAUGGCCGGCUGUGGAAGUCCUACCAAGGCCAACCCAAAGCAUGGACACAAGGUACAAUGACUGAUCAAGGACAUGUUUAUCACCUGUUAGGACAGAGUCCCUUACCAAAGAGAAAUGUACAGGACAGCCCCUUGAGGCCAGAUUCAACUGAAUGAUUAUUUCAGCAGUUCAUAUCACACUCUUUCCAGAGCAACCUAAUGUUUGUGUAAAGUAAAAUAGUAUAAAGCUAAUUCUAUUGUAUUGCAUAAAUAACAAUUAUUAAAUAUAUAAAUAUUUUGUUUUCAGAUUAAGAAACAUGCAUGUUUUUAUCACUGAAUAAUGUCAUGAAACUUUUACCGUUACAAUCAAUCCCAACUCUUUGCCACAAGUCCAAGUUUUAUAUAUAGCCUAUAAAACAUUCAUAAUGCCUAAGUAUCUUAUUGUUCAUUAAGUGAUGCAAAAAAAUUAUUUUACUUAUAUCAAAGGAUCAUUUUACUAUUUAAUACUUUGAAAUGCCUUAUUAAAUAAAGAAUCUCCUCUCCCACUACA